AUGUUCAUGGUUCUUCAGCAUGUUUCGCAAGCCGGGAUCAUCCAAAGCGUAGAGAUGAGCAACUUCGUGUGCCACAAGAACCUUCGCUUCAAUUUGGGCCCCAAAGCCAAUUUUAUCGUCGGUCAUAACGGAAGCGGAAAGAGCGCCAUACUUGCUGCUGUGAUGGUUGCAUUAGGCGGACGCACCUUCUCCGCCGGGAGAAAGCGGGGGCCUCAAGUCAAAUCCUUGAUACGUCAAGGACAAGACGUCGCGAAGGUCACUGUGCGUAUCCACAACCAAGGUGAUCGAGCAUACCGGUAUGCAGAGUUCGGCGACCACAUCGCUAUCACGCGGACGAUAUCUAGUUCAGGCGGAUCGCACUACUCAAUGAAGCAUGGAGAAUCCGGUAAGAAGGUAUCGUCGAGCCUCGGAGACGUAAGGGACAUGUGCGAACAUUUGGGGCUCAGAGUGGACAACCCGUUCGUGAUUCUGACUCAAGAUGGCGCGAAGCGUUUCCUCAGUUCAUCCAGCCCCAAGGACAAGUAUAGUAUCUUUCUUGAAGGAACCCAUCUAUCUCAGCUCGCCGAAGAAUACGCCAUCUGCGCUCAGAACAUAGAACGCAUGGCGACAGUCAUCGAAAGCAAAACCCGCGAUCUCGAGGGACUCGAGGACAGCCAUCGUACCGCCUCUAGGCGGCACCUUGAAGCGCAGAAGCUUUCUCAGUUUCAGGAGAAGGUUGCACGUUUGAAGAGAGAGCUCGCUUGGUCGCAGGUCGAAGCCGUGCUCUCCGACGCAGCCUAUUACUCUGGGCGUCUAUCUUAUCUUGACACCAAGCUCUCUUCCAUUGCACUAUCAAUACACGAAGCAUCCGAUUCGAUUUCCCGCAUGGAGACGGAGAAAAAGGCCAGGGAAGACAGUUUGGACUUGAUCGAUGUCGAGUCCCUUCACGAGAAGGAACGACUAUUGAGCGAGAACGAGCGCACAUUGAGGCGAGAUCUCCACAAUUUGAAGACGACCUAUUCGGAACUAAGAGACAAGGUCCAGCUAUUGAAGGGCGAGAUCGGUUGUCUCUCUCAUCAGGAAGAAGGCGCGCACCCACGUCCCACUUCGAUCGCGGAACAGCAGGAUAAGGACUUGCGUGAAGCCGAAUCUGCUGCGCAAGUUGCCCGUGCUACUCUCGAGUCUGCCGAAGCCACCCUUCUCGCAGAUGCGGGAGACAAGGCCCGCGCCGAUUCAGCCGCUAAGAAGACGUGCGAUGAUGAAGCGACCCAUCAAAAAACGCUCCAGUGCGCUCGGGCGAAUCUCCAACAACUCUCACAGGAUUCCCUUGCAGUCUAUGGCAACAACAUGCAGAUGGUACUUGAACGUGUUGAGCGCGCUCAGUGGGAGGGGAGACCUCCAUUAGGGCCGCUGGGACGGUAUGUUCACCUGCGCAAUCCACAAUGGGCGCCGAUCAUGCGUAUACAUAUCGGGAAAUACAUGUGCUCGUUUGUUGUCGAGACCGUGCGGGACCAGGAGAAGCUCCUCACUAUUCUUCGCGAGACAAAGAACGAUCGCCGUGCUUCCGUUAUAGUGAAUCGCUAUGACCUCUUCGACUACCACACCCAAGAGCCGGAGGCUGACAGCCUGACCGUCCUUCGAGCGCUGGACAUUGACAACGAACACGCAAAGCGAGUGCUGAUCAACGCUGCGAAGAUCGAGUGGACACGUCUCUUCGAUUCCCGCAAGGACGCCGAGAAUGCUCUGAAACAUCACUUCGGAGAAGGCUUCACCGCCGAUCUCUUCCGUGUGAGCUACUCAGCGCACAGUGCGACCUCACAGCCACUACGCGACAUGCAUGCGACCGAUUGGCGGCAGCUAUUGUUCACUGGUAUAGACGGUACCGCCUUGGCUGACCUUUGGCGUGAUCGGGUGCAGAGUGCCGAGGUCGCGCUCAAGAACGUGCUGAGCCUCAAACGAGCUAACAACGAUGUGGCUGAAGCCGCCCUCCUCAAGUACCAGGAAAGUCAGGUCGCUGUCCGAGACGCGCGUAAGCGUGUAAUGCUCGCUGAGCGCCAUCAGCAUGAACUUCGGCGGGUCGUUGCCCAUAAGGCACAAAUAGAUCCCAUCGACACGUCGCAGAAUCUUGCGAACCUUCAGCUUGAUUAUACGGCUAAGACUGAGCAGCUUCAAGUGCUCGAUCAGCAACUGCUCGAGGUGAACGCGCGUGUGGCGGCACUUGCGUCGGAGAAGGCUGAGAUCGAGCGGGACCUGUCCGUAAGAUAUCAACGUCGAACCUCGGAGAAGACCGAAUUGGACGAGAUUUCCGAAGAUCUGUCUCGGGAGAAGGCAAGACUGCGCGAUCUAAAGCAAGACUUGAUGAUCGAGCAGCGUCAGCGAGACUCUGCGGAGAAGAAAGAAGCGGAGAGGACAGAGAAACAUCGUGUGCUGUUCGACAAGGCGACGCAGUACUGCGAUCGCGUCGAAGAUCCUCGAGAGGUGAAAGAGGUGAAACGAGAAUUGAAUGUCGCAUUGGCUGCGUUGGAGCAAUAUACAGCACGUCCUGAUCAGUCGGCCGAGGAGCUGACCGUCGCAGUCAAUCAAACAGCUCGCUCUGUUACGAAGGUCAAGAACGAUCUCAAAGUUCUCAGUGAGCUCACUUCAGUACGUGUUCAUCUCCACGCAUUUUCAGUUGCUGAGGGAGCUGACGUGUUACACCAAAAGCUUCUGAAGAGCUCCCUCGAGAGACGCCAGACCAAAUGGGAUAACUUCCGCGCUCUUGUCGCGUUUCGCUGCAAAGCGAGCUUUCAACAACAGAUGUCCCGUCGCGGUUUCGAGGGGGAACUCAUCUUUGCACACAACACACACGAACUACGACUACUCGUGAAGACCGACGAUGCCCGUUCGACUCGAAACUCAUCCUCGAUAGGACGCGAUCCGAGCGUCCUCAGCGGUGGCGAAAAAAGCUUUUCCACAAUAUGCUUACUCCUUGCUAUGUGGGACAGCAUUGACAGCCCCAUUCGCUUUCUCGACGAAUUCGAUGUCUUCAUGGACGCCGUGAAUAGACGCAAGUCCUCGGAGAUGCUCGUACGUGCCGAUAUAACCAUCAGCUGGAUGUUACACCUCACUUCAUGUUUGAAGAUCAAAGCUGCGGAGGCCAGCGAAGGAAAACAAUUCGUGAUUAUCACUCCGCAGAGCAUGGAUGGCCUAAUCCCAGGUCCUAACCUGCAGAUCCAUCGGCUGGACGAUCCGCAGCGUAACGGUACUGCCUCCCAACUGGCCUAG